GAAGCAAAUCUAAGUCGCAAUUUUACUUCUGAUCAAGUAAAUCCUAGGCAUAUUUUAAAAAUAGUUACACAACAAAAUUUGGGAACGAUGAAGCUUAGCUUUAUCUUAAUUUCGACGCUGGCCUUAAUUGGAAAUAUAAGUGGAGCCCCUCAAAUAGCACUUCCCCAAACACAGCAAUUGAUCGCAGACGAUUUGAGGACCCUGCUAUCGCCCCUACUGUCUCAACUAAACGGUCAAAUUAUCACCCUGGACCUCCUCGUGGUUAGCGGGCCAGCCGAACUGUCCUCACAAAUAAGUCCAUUGGUCCCCCAGCUCUCCAAACUGCGAACUGACUUAACCUUGUUGCCCAACUACAUUGACAAUCUUGAUGAGUUUAAUCAAGCCGCUAAUCGUGCCAUGGUUGACACUGGGAAUGUAAAUACCUCCAUAACCGGGAUUUUGGACAACGUAACCAACCUUUUCAAGAAGGAUCCAACCACAGGCGAAUCGCCAAUUGGGGCCAUGGUUAAUAAUUAUUCUACCCAGGUUAAGGAGACAAUGUCAAAGAUUCGAGCCGUUCUGGUGAAUUUUAUUUCUUUUUGAUCCAUUGGCGGGGUAAAAAUUAAGCAACAAUGCUGACAUGGAAUGAUAAAUUACAAAUUUGAAAGUCAAAUUCAAUAAUUGAAAAUUGAUUGAUGAUCAAAGUUGAAAAAUAAUUGCGAUUAUAGUAAUUUAGAAAUAAAACUUGAAUGUAAAAAUUUA